AUGAACCACGCCAGCAACAACACCCAGGCGGUGAAGCUCACGGGCGAGGACAUCGCAAAGCACAACAGCCGCGACUCGUGCUGGGUCAUCGUUCAUGGUCGCGCCUACGAUGUCACCGAGUUCCUGCCAGAGCACCCUGGAGGCCCCAAGAUCAUCUUGAAGUACGCCGGCAAGGACGCAACCGAGGAGUACGAGCCCAUCCACCCGCCGGAUACACUCGAGAAGUACCUGCCCAAGGACAAGCACCUUGGCGAGGUCGAUAUGGGCACAGUGGCAAAGGAAGAGAAGGAGUUCGAUCCCGAUGAGGAAGCGAGACAAAAGCGCAUUGAGCGCAUGCCUGUCUUGGAGCAAUGCUACAAUCUCAUGGACUUUGAGGCCGUGGCACGACAGGUCAUGAAGAAGACUGCGUGGGCAUACUACUCUAGCGCUGCAGACGACGAGAUUACGCUGCGUGAAAAUCACAGCGCUUUCCACAAGAUCUGGUUCCGUCCACGCGUUCUCGUAGACGUCGAGAAAGUGGACAUGUCCACUACUAUGCUCGGCACCAAGGUCGAUAUCCCCUUCUACGUUACCGCUACCGCACUCGGCAAGCUCGGACACCCAGAAGGAGAGGUUGUUUUGACUCGCGGCGCGAAGAAGCACGGCGUGAUCCAGAUGAUCCCAACACUAGCGUCCUGCUCGUUCGACGAGAUCAUGGAUGCUGCCGAGGGAGAUCAGGUUCAAUGGCUGCAGCUCUAUGUGAACAAGGACCGCGAAGUCACGAGGAGGAUCGUACAACACGCGGAGAAGCGAGGCUGCAAGGGCCUAUUCAUCACAGUCGAUGCACCGCAGCUCGGUCGUCGCGAGAAAGAUAUGCGAUCCAAGUUCAACGAUGUUGGCUCUAGCGUCCAGAGUACCUCGGGGUCAGAAGUGGACCGAAGCCAGGGUGCCGCACGAGCCAUCUCGUCCUUCAUUGACCCGAGCUUGAGCUGGAAGGACAUUGCUUGGUUCCAGAGCAUUACUAAGAUGCCGAUUCUCCUCAAGGGUGUGCAGUGUGUUGAAGAUGUUAUUCGCGCCGUUGAGGUCGGCGUGCAGGGCGUUGUGCUCUCCAACCACGGAGGUCGCCAGCUCGACACUGCGCGCUCCGGUAUCGAGGUUCUUGCCGAGGUCAUGCCAGUUUUGCGUGCACGCGGCUGGCAAGACCGUCUCGAAGUAUACAUUGACGGUGGCGUGCGACGUGCGACAGACAUCAUCAAGGCCAUGUGUCUUGGUGCAACCGGUGUUGGUAUUGGUCGCCCGUUCCUGUACGCCAUGUCCGCCUAUGGUCUUCCUGGCGUUGACCAUGCUAUGCAACUCUUGAAGGAUGAGAUGGAGAUGAACAUGAGAUUGAUCGGUGCCUCGAAGAUCUCAGACCUCAACCCCUCCAUGAUUGACACAAGAGGGUUGAGCAUGCACACUACAUCGGUGCCAGUUGACACACUUGGUCUUAACAUCUACGAUCCGCUCAUCGGACCCCAGGAGAAGGCCAAGGCCAAGCUGUAA